AUCCACCCACCUACACCACUUACAGGCCCACCUGCUCAUUCAUCCACCCGUUUCCUAUCCACUAACCCACCCACCUACGUUCACUCAUCCAUCAUAUCACCCACACUCACCAAACCAUCCACCUACCAACCCAUCCACAACCACAUUCUUACACUAGUCCGUCCACUCAUCCAUCCACUGACUUCCCAACCUACUCACCCAUUAAUAUUCAUCCACCCAACCACUUAAUCAUCCAUCCACUCAUCUACUUACCUACACCAAACCCAUCAUCUAGAUAUCAUCCAUCCUAUCACCCACACCCUCCACAAUCCACCGACUACUACUACUACUUCUUAUGUGUGUGUGAGUGUGGGUGUGGGUGUGUGUGUGUGGGGAGCCUUGUCUGGGCCGCACCGUGUGGGAUUACUACUACUACUACUACAGGUGACCUGCUGCCCCUCCUUCCCUGGAUGUGGCUGUAGAACAAGCAAAGGUGUUUCAGAGUGAUUGGUAAUUAAGGAAAGGUGUACCAAGUGGCAGUCAAACGGUUAAACCCCAAUUAUACAACUUUGUGACUCCGUCUCUGAUCGGCGCCACACACACACACAGUGCAGUGAAGCGGGCGGGAGUGCAUUGUUUUGGUGCACACACACACACACACUGGGCAGUGAAGCGGGUGGGAGUGCAGUGUCAACACCACCACAUCACCCACACCACACCACCGGUACCCUUGGUGCCCCACCCCGCUCCGUUGAGCCCAGCCAAGACCAGCCCCGCCCCGGCGCUGCUUAGGAUGAAGAUGGUUUACCUGCAAGAGAAAACCACCCAACCCUUGUAAUUACAAUUGAAAGAUUGUAAUUAACACAGUGCUGUGGGCUGGUCGGCUGCCAAAGACUGAAUGUAGGAUUAAGUUCAUUACGAAUUAUUUUAAGUUUAGAUUUUACUCGAACUAAAAAAAAUAAAAAUAAAUAAAAAAAAGUGACUGAGUGCACGAUGAAGUAAGCACACAUGCCAAGAAGCAGACCCCAGGCAAUGGUGUAGGUGAGCCAGGUAAGGUGUGGAACAGGAACGAGUAGAGGGAAUACCUUGAGCAUGGCAGAGUUCAAGACAGACGAGGGGAAGCUGCAGGAGGUGAGCUCCAUCCUGAAGGCUGUCCUCACUUCCUUCGGGGGAGAGCUGCCCAUGAGCCAGAUUGACAGUGAGUACAGGACAGUGGUGGGAAGCAGCAUCCCUUACAAGGAGCUCAAGCAUGGGACACUUGCCAGCUUCCUGCAGUCCAUCCCAAGUAUUUUGAAGCUACAAAAUCGAGGUGGACAGCUGGUGGUGACGGUGGUGAAUGACGAGAACAUCAACUUGAUUCUACAGCAAGUGAAGCAGCAAAACAACUCCAAAUGUAACAAGUCAGUCCAGAAGAAGAAGAGGUACACAGAAUACACCACACGACAGCUCCACGCCAACCCCAAUCCCCGGAUACCUUCCAUGCUCAACACACGCUGGCAGAAUAACGCCAACUGGCAGCAGCAGCAGCACAGCGCCCCCUGGCAAGCCCCAACCAUUCCCACUCGGCCAAAGUUCCAUAGCCGGGGGAACUCACACCUCCAAUGGCGUUCGCAGUGCCUCCAACAGCCACCUCCAGGCUUCCAGAGCAGUCCCCAACAGCCAUCUCCAGGCUUCCAGAGCAGCCUGCAACAGCCACUUCCAGGCAACAAGGCUAACUCCGCCAUUCGCACUGUCACCUUCCAGCUUCCCACCACUCAGGUUGCCACCAAGGACCUCAAGUCAGGAACCUCUUUGCAGGAUGAGAGCCAGAAGACCAAAGCUCCAGCAGCUGAGAAGACUCCUUCUAAAAAGACGGUCAAACAGCAGCUGAUAGAGGCCGUCAGGGAGCUGGAGGCUGAGCUGGGGAAGACAGGAGAGGAUGGGAUACAGCUUCAGUUUCGGACUGUCCCAUGUGGCAAGAGGAAGGAGUGGUGCACUGUGAUCAUGAUUGGAGAGAUGCAAGUGAGCAGCUACCCUGACUUGAUGAGCACCCAGGAGGAAGCUGAGGAGGCGGCAUCUAAGAAGGCCCUGGAGGUCUUCCCACAACUGGCCAAGAAGAAACAGGUGGCACAGCUUCCCACCACUGGUGACAACACCACCUCUGUGUCCCGAGUCAAGCAGCUUCUGAAGGAGAGGUCGCCCAACAAGCCGUUCUGGUGGGAGCCGCUGCGGGACAUGUACUGUGAGGUGUACAAGGAGAAGCUGCCGAAUGACUGGGUGACCAAACUCAAGGACUCCACCAACAUUGGCCUGGUGUUUGAUAAUCCCUGCACCGACAAGUGGACUGUUGCACUAGCAGAGGAGAGCACAGCAUCCCGCAGCCAAACUCCUCAAAACACCACCAAGCCCCAGGACACUCCCACACCCCAGCAGCCGUCUCGUGGUUCAUCCCCAAGCCCACCAAAUGAAAAGACAGAGGAUGGUGACAACACUCAGCCACCAAAGAAGCUGCAGCUGCCGUCAAUCAGCCUGCCCACCACACCCACCUGGGAUGUCUUCGUCACCUGUGUGGAGGACAGCAAUACUGUCAAGCUGCUAUUAGUCGGGGAACAUUAUAGUGGCAUGCUGAGUGAGCUGCAGACAGAGAUGGAGCUGCACUACAUGGAGGACAAGAACUUGAAGCCAGUGAAGGAGCCAGUGGUGGGAGAGAUCUAUGUUGCCAGUCACGAGGAAUCCUGGCACCGAGUGGAGCUGCUGGAGGUCAUGGGUGAUCAAGUUAAAGUGAAAUUUGUGGAUCACGGCGAUGCUGAAGACAUUCCUCUGUCGGACUUGCACUACCUUGAGGCAAAGUUUUUCUCCCUCCCACCACAGGCCCUGCAGUGCUGCCUGGCUGGCCUUGAGGACGCCCCAAAGGAGGCUGCCUUCCAAGCCCUCGUGGAGACUCUCCCCAUGGGCAAGACACUGGUGGCCCGUGUCACUCGCCGCCAGGAGCCAUACGCCAUCGUGCUGUUUGACACAUCCACCAGUGAGGACAUCAACCUCAAUGACAAGGUGUUUGAGUCCCUUGCCCAACACCUGGUGGAGCCAUCACUGCCUCCCGUUGGAGGGCUGGUCGAGGUGUACCUGACGCAUGCUUCAUCCAAAGGAACCCUGUAUGUUCAAGUUGAAUCAAAAACUUAUAAGAUAUUGGAGGACAUGCUCAAGAUUGCUAAGAGACGCACUGAGGAGAUGCUCGGAGAGAAGGUGCCGGUGGACCUAACUAAGCUGUACCUGGCACGCUUCAGCAAGGAUGGGGAGUGGUACCGUGCAGCACCAAGAAGUGCAGUGGAUCCCAAUGGACAGGUCCUGAUGAUGUUUGUGGAUUUUGGCAACUCUGAGAAAGUACCACUCAGCAACAUAAGGGGUUUGCAGACUAUGAGUCCCCUCCUAGCAAAAGUCCCUCACCAGGCAUUGCCGUGCUGCCUGGACAAUGUCCCCAGCAACCCGGAGCUGAAGUGGACAACACAGGCAUGUCAGCGACUCCUGGACUUGGCUUCCCCAGACACUCCACUACUGCUUAAGGUGGUGAGUGAGGGCACUGCCUCCCGGCCUCCCUCGGUGCAGCUGUUCAAGAGGCUGCUUCCGCAGAAUGAGUUGGUGUCCAUCAAUGACACACUGAGCAUCGACACCAAGCUCUUUGGUAGUGAAGGUGACUCCAACAACAACAGUGUGGAGAAAGAGGUGGUUCUGUCUCAGGUCAGAUCACAACAGUCUUCCUGUGCCUCAGGUGCAAGUUCCCAGAGUUGUACCCCGUGCUCCCCAACAGUUGGACCAGACUCAUUUCCCCCAUGUUUUCCCUUGUCCCUCAAUGAUAUUCCUGAUGUUGGCUCCUUCUUUGAUGUCUUUGUCACCUACGCCGCCAAUCCAUACCACUUUGCAGUGCAACCGUGGAAGAUGGCCAAGAAGUUUGAAGAGUUGAGUGAAAGCAUGCAGAAUUAUUACCACAACAGUGCUAGCUUGAAGAAAGUGUCUGCCAUUACAGUUGGCCAAUACUGUGCACUCAAGCACACUGAUGAUAUCUGGUACAGAGCUCAAGUAGAAGUGGUGACAAAUUUGUCAGUGAUUGGCAUAUUUGUUGACUUUGGGGACCGUUUUGUCACAUCACUGGACAAAGUACAGCCCCUUAUACCAGCCUUCUGCACCUUGCCAUGCCUUGCCAUCAGGGCAGAGUUGUCCGGCAUCAAAGCAGCUAACAAAGACUGGAGCCCUGAGGAUGCAUGCAGAUUCAGAGAGCUGGUAGACCACAAGGACUUGGUAUCUGUGGUGCACAGCAAGAAUGUGAUCAACACCAACACUUUAUUCCUGUCACUGGUGCUCAUAGACACUUCUGACAAGACUGUCGACAACUACAUUAAUGACAUCCUUGUGGAGGAGCAGAGAGCUGUCGGUCUGUAGUUUGCCCCAGAGCAUCAAUAUUAACAAAUCUUCCAUGCCUUUUUAAGAUUUAGAUUAUCCUUGGGAUGGUGCUAGCUAGAGCCCUGAGCUUGAUGUGAUAGUCCUGCUAAAGCUCAGAAGGAAAUAGGAGAAUCAUAAAGAAUGGAGAAACUAUGGAAAUAUUUUUGUAUUCUUAGAAAGAGAUUUUCCUUGAGUCUGUCUUCUACUUACAUGGAAUAAAGUGGAUGCAAUGAGAAUUGGCUGACUGAAGGAUUGUAGUUGAUUUAUGUUUAAAGACUUUAAAGUUAACUUAUGUUUUUUUUACAAGUAAAGUGAAUGAGUUAUUCUUUUAACAUAGGGAGGGAGUCAUGGAGUUAAUGGCAGGUUAUUAUAGUAAAGGUUCUGAAUCUCAAGGUGGCUGUCAUUUACUAGUAGAUGCUAGGAACUGUGUGAGACAGUUUUAUUUCCUUGAUGAAAAUUACACAUUCACUUUACUUUAUUCAGCUAAUUAUGCAGUGGAGGGAAAUCAGCAUGUUGUUGUUGUUGUUGUUGUCACUGGUGGUGGAAUUGGUGGUGAUUACAAACUGGUUCCCUGAAACAGUCCUGCAUUCCAGCAAAUCUUUAAUAUUUGCUUCUAAGAGAUUUUUGUGAGUUUGGAUUGAUUGUCUCGUUUUGCUCAAUCUAUGAUUUCUUAAUUUAUUUAAACAAUCACUGCACUUAACAAAAAUUUACCAAGAAUUACAUACCAGCAGGGUUCCUCAAUUCCACCUCUAUGCAUUACUUUCUACAUUUUAUAUAUCCUACUCCAGCCAUUGUUCAAGUUAUAUUCCCAGAGCAGUUCCCACCUCAGUGCUAUAAAGUUGUGUGACGUUAAUUGUUCCUUGAGCACGAGGGCCCGGCAGACUGACUCCCAUGCCUGCCACAGCCAGGCGUGGGUGAGUGAGUGGCUGUGUGGCGUACGUGCUGUAGUGCCAAUGCCAGCGUGGGAUUCCUACUGCCUCUGCAUUUGCUUGAGCUUCAUGUGCUGGAAAGCCAUAACAAACAUGUUAACAUUUGAAUUAAAGGAAAAAAUGCAAUAACCACAAUAUAUAAAAAAAAUCCACAAAAAAUAGCAAAAUGGAGUUAUAAUGUUAAUCUCAAAAUAUUUCCACAUGAUAUAGAAUGCUUAACUUACCAUGUAUGUAUUGUAUACUAGUCAGUAUUGACCAAAUGUUCCCAGUAUAACACUUACACAAGCAAAGAGUAGUAGUCAGUUUCCUUAGUUCUAACAAUGUCUAGCGGAUCAUUUUUGUUUGGUAUGAUUGUCAAGAUUAUUUGCAGCAGUAUUACAAGGCAUUGUCUCAGGAUGGCUUUUAACUUUUUUUGGUUUAUGAAAACUUUUGCACUUGUUAAAGAGUAAACUUUUUAAAGGUUAAGAUAUGUUGUGCAUUGUUCUGAUCUGUGGACUAUGUCUUCCCCCAACUUGAGGCCGGCCCUUCUUCCCUGUGGUUGCUAUGAAUGGAAGACGUCUUCCAUUGUGGUUGGCAGCAAUGGUGGUGUUUUAUAAUGAAUUGCAGAAACCUAAACCACUAAUUGGUUUGUUUCCUCAGGAUCACAUUAUUUUCCAAAGCUCUAAUGAAAACUGAUUAUUUUUUUUGUGGAAUUUUAUUUUUGUCACAAUUUAUAUUUGUUUAAAGGAUGAACAGUCUUGUGUAUCUUAUUAAUAUCUGGAAUAUUUCAGAUAUAACUGUUGGAAAAUAAAAAAAAAAAAACUGUACUUGUUUCAUUGAUAUAAAUAGUAGAUUAAUAAAAUGAGUAUGAUGGCUGUAGUAAUACGAGGGAAUAAAGUGUUAGAAUGAGAA